AUGCAGUCAAUGUACUCUUACGCAAGCCUUCCACCUCAUGAACAGCAACAGCAUCAACAUCAACAUCAACAACAGCAGCAACAGCAGCAACAGCAACAACAAGGCCUGCACCCUAUGUCCAGACCGUCGCCACCUCAGCCCACGUGGGCUGUGCCGCAAACUCAGCAGUACUAUGCUACGCCGCGGGGUCCUGUUGUAGGCAACAGAGAGGAUCAACGACAGUUUAUGGGAAGACCGGACAUGAUGACUUCGCAACCGACUGUGACUAGUGGUGUUGUCUACAGCACCACCAUGACUGCCCCGCAAUCGCUUGCGACGACUGACUACUUUCCCGGCGUCAUCGACACAAGUCCAUGGGGUCAGAAGGUGUGCGAAGAGCUAGAAUCAUUCCCCUCCCUGGAGUCGGAUGUGUCGGACUUCAGUCAUGGCAUGAUGGGACACGAUGAGAACACUCCGAUCAUUGAUCUACGCCAAUACAACAACAUGGGCCAACAAGAACACGACAACAUGGCCAACUUCAAUCCGAACUCCACCCGAAGACUAUCUGAGUCGUCUUUUUCGAUGUCUAGCACUGGCGGUGUGCUUCCAGAGCCGGCAUCCUACGAAGAGAUGGGAUCAUCGGAACCAGUUUCAUAUCCGUCUGAGUAUGAGACUUGGAACCACCCGGAGCCGAGUGCCAGCCAUCUUCUGUCACCGCUUGCCUCACCACGACGACCUCAGUACGAUGGCGUCGUUCGAACUGGAAGUCGCUCCCGCGUGUCGCCGACACCGCACAACAAUGUCCGCUCAUCACCAUACACACUCGAAAGCACUCGGUUCAAGAGGUGGUCUACCGGGCAAGCGCCAACAUCUACCCCAAACAACUCGCGCCCAAUGUCACAGGUUUCGGAUCGUUUUGCGCCAUACGGUCCCCGCCUGAACCCGCACCACUCGCUGCCCGCUUACCCGCCAAGUGCCUACAACAACUUCGGGCUACCGACGCAGAACGUGUUGUACUCGCAAUCGAAUUCUCCUUAUGCCAACAACCAGCCGUUCUUCGCCCACCAGGAGCAACAGCAGCAUCAUCUCGAGGUGCCUCGACCGCUACCUUCGCAGGGCCUGUUUCGCUUACUCCAAAGUAACGCGGAUCGUCACGGAGGCUGCUCAUCUCAUUUUGCAGACCUGUCAGACCCACCUGAUCUUUACUCCUCCCUGCACGAAGAGGCACUCAACCCACCGGAGUCCGACAUGAACCCGUCCGAUCCCGACCUUGUGCCACACGAGCAGGAUCUUCGCUUUGUUGGCGACCUGUACACCCCGCGUUGGGUUCGCGGUCAUGGCAAUAAACGAGAGGGCUGGUGCGGUCUCUGCAAGCCUGGCAGAUGGCUUGUACUCAAGAACAGUGCUUUCUGGUACGACAAGUCCUUCACGCAUGGUGUCAGCGCAGCUACCGGCGCAGCGUUCCAGGGCCCGCAAGACACGCGCCGGACGGAAGGCAAUCUUGACGUCUGGGAAGGACUUUGCGGGAGUUGCGGUGAAUGGAUUGCGCUCGUCAGCAACAAAAAGAAGGGAACGACAUGGUUCCGACAUGCAUACAAGUGUCACACACACCCCAAAGUCAAAGAUGGCCCCAAGCGCCGCCGUGAGACACAGGCUGGGCGCGUUCGUGCAGCGUCGUCCGCGUCAGCGACCUCGUCUUCGUAUCCAGUCAAGCCGGAGCUCUCGACGUCAGACGCGACAUCUCACCGCCAUUCCACACCAACACCGAUACCCGGUAGUUCGUCGCUCCAGUCCUACGGCAUGUCGAGCGGUCCGUCUCCCAUGCCAACCUCCACACCAACAUCGACUCCGCAAGUCAACACCUCGUGCUAUCCCAGUACAGCGUACCCCACACCGACUUCGGGCACGCCCAAUAUGCAUUCCCUUCGAACCCCGACCGCGACGUCAUUUGGUGAUGCGUAUGGCGACCCUUCUAGCAGACACGAGCCCGUAGUUGGCAUGUUUACCACGCCACUUCAAAGCUUGCAGAGCUUCUCCGGCCACCAGUACUCGCAUUCGCCAAAUCUCUCGCACCAAGUCAGUGAACCCGAGCUUGUGGGUAUACGAACAACUACCACGGCACUCAACUCGAUUGCGAGCAUGAUAUGA